AAGCAGUAAAAUUUAUUUAUAAAGUGUGUGUGUCUGUGAUGAUAACAAUAUUAAAUAAUGUUAACCAAUAAGAAAAACAAUAAAUAAAUAAGUAAAAUAUCCAUCUAGUUUAGGUAUUAGAAUUAAUAGAUUAAAACAAUGAAUAUUCUAAGAAUCAUAACUGGAAAUUCUUCAAAUAGCCAUCUAAAAUUAUCCAAGAUAUUAUUUAGAAAGCUAGAUAAUUAUUUAACAAAAUCAUCAGUUAAAGUUCACAAUUCAGCAAAAGAAUUUAAAUUACCUGCUACCACAACUUCAAGAGCACUUGCUAGAAUAAAACAUAGGGAUGGUAUUUCUCAAGAAUAUGACAUAAUUUAUAGAAGUACAAUGUCAAGAUACAUAAUGUAUAUUUAUCCAGCAUCACUUGUUAUGAUAGUUUGUGGUUUUUAUGCAACAUACAUGUCAUUUACAAAUAUUCAAACAGUACUUGAUAGUCAACUGAUUAAAAAUAUACCAGUAUCAUAUGGCAAUAAAUAUGAAAUGAUGUUUUGUUAUUUUGUUUAUUAUGCUGUUAAUAUAUUAAUGUGUUGUGCAUGUGUAAGACAUCCAAUAAGAAUAUAUUGUAAUCAUGAUAAAAAUAUAUAUAAAAUGAUCACGAUAAAUUGGAGAUAUCCAUUUAAAAAAAUAACUGAAUUUACACCUAAAAAUGUAGAAAAAAAACAUAGAAAUCCAUGGAAUGCAUUGAUGCAAGCAUCACAUUCAAUCAACGGAAAAACAUAUCAUCUUAUGCAAGAUGGUUUUCGUUCACAAUCACAUUAUUUUGCAAUGCUUGGACAUAAAGAUUAUUAAUAAAUAAAAAAAUAAUAAAAACCA